GAGAGAGAAUUUGCCCCCCCUUCCCUUCUUCUUUGUAUCCUUGUCCACUCCCCUUGGAGAUAGAGUCUCCAGGUUGCUGGCCUGGAAAGCACAAUGUAGACCAGGCUGGCCUCAAACCUAUAUAUAGUAUUUCUCUUUGUCCCCAAAUGCUGGGAUUGCAAGUGUGUACCUGGCUUGGUUGUUGGUUUUUACAUCCAUGAAGUCUGUACAUCCUCUUUCAUUUCUGAUAUUAGUAAUUGGUGUCUUCUGUCUUUGGAGUUAACCUAGACUUGUUGAUUUUAAUGAUUUUUUUUUCAACAAACCAGCUUUUGGUUUCAUGAGUUUUCUUUUUUUUUUUUUCCCUAUCUUUAUUAAAUUGGGUAUUUCUUAUUUACAUUUCAAAUGUUAUUCCCUUUCCCGGUUUCCAGACCAACAUCCCCCUAACUCCUCCCCUCCCUUCUCUAUGGGUGUUCCCCAUCCUCCCCCAUGACUGCCCUCCCCCCAACAAUCCUGUUCACUGGGGGUUCAGUCUUUGCAGGACCAAGGGCUUCCCCUUCCACUGAUGCUCUUACUAGGCUAUUCAUUGCUAUGAGGUUGGAGCCCAGGGUCAGUCCAUGUAUAGUCUUUGGGUAGAGGCUUAGUCCCUGGAAGCUCUGGUUGGUUGGUAUUGUUGUUCAUAUGGGGUCACGAGCCCCUUCAAGCUCUUUCAGUCCUUUCUCUGAUUCUUUAUUGGUUUUCUAUUUUUAGAUUUGUUUACUUGUGUUCUAAUUUUCAUCAUUAUUUUUCUAAUUUUGUAUUUAAUUUGUUCAUUUUAUGUAUAUGCAUUUGUUUUCUAAAAUGGGUGUUUAGGUUAUUGAUUUUUAGAUUUUUAUGUAUUCAGUGUUAUUUUUAUAAGCAAGUCAUAUGUUUUACAAAUUUUCAUAAACUAUUUUUAUUUUCACGUAGUUCAAAUAUUAAAAGUCACUCUGAGAUACUGUGCGUGGCUCAUAUAUUAUUAAGAAAUGUGUUGUUGAAUAUUUCUAAGUAUCAUAGUAUUUUCCAGCUUUUUCCAGUUAUUUCCAAUUUAAUUGGAUUGUGGAUGAAGAGCAGAUACUGUAUGUUUUCUAUACUUCUAACUUUGUUAAGGUUGAUUUUGUGAGUAGUCUGCCUUGCUGAAAAUCCAUAGUCAUUUCAGGUGGUUCUGUAUUCUUCUAACACUGCACAGAGCAGCCCAUAGAUGUCAGACUUAGAGUUGAUUGUUGUUUAGCUCAGCAAUUUUCUGUGGUGUUCUGCCUUCUAGAUCUGUCUGAUUCUGAUGGAGGACUGUUGAAGUUGCUAACUGGUCUGGAUGUAUGCAUGUCUUUUUGCAGCCUUGUUAGUUUUGACUGACAGAUGGAAUCAAUACUACACCCUUUCUUAUCCUUGAAAAUUCCCUCACUCUAAUGUCCAAAGUGUCUAAAAUUAAUGUAGACUCAUUUCCUUUCAUUCAUGGUGGUGGUGUUUAUCUUUUCCUAAGCAACAAGUGCUGUUAUAUUUAAGGUGGGUUUUCUCACAAUCUGUGCCUUUUAGCUUGUGCAUAUACAUCUGUGUACUUCUCUCUGCCAUCAAGCAGACACCCCUGUAACAUACACAUUGGGUUUUCUCUAACUGAAUUUCCUUCUGACACUGUGUAAAGGUAGCACUUUAGACAGGUUGCAACUUCAGUUCUUAAAAUUUCUACUUUAGGCCCACUUGCAAAUAUGAGGCCUCCAGAACAUGGUAGUUGAUAGGAAUAUUGAGAUUCCUGUUGAGAGAAUCAGUCUUCCCCAAGGGUGAUCACAUUACACUGAAUGGGCUUAGCAUGUUGUAUUUGUAUAUUAAGGUGCGUGCGUGUGGUGGUGGGGUAAAGAAGCCAUGAUUUUGAGAGCAAGCAAGGGUGAGUGGUAAACAUGGGAAGGAUUAGAGGGGUAAAGGAGAAGAGAGAAAUGAUGUGAUUAUAUUUUAAUUUAAAACAUUUUAAAAAGUGAAUAAAAUUAAACUGAGAUUUCCACAACCCCCUCCUUAGGGUUUUAUGACUUGCUAUACUGGCUCUCAAAACUCAGAAAUUACUUAUACUAAUUUAUUAUGAAGGCUACUUUUAAAAGUAUUAGUAAGUAGCUCAAAGAAGAGGUAUUAGGACGAAGUCUGGAAGGAGUCCAGGUCCAGGAGUCCCCUUCCUUGCGGGAUUUUGGUGUGCUGCACUCCUGGCAUGCAUGAGUUCCUACCACCGCUUUGCUUAGUGCACCCUACUUGGCUUCCCAGAAGUUCUCAGCCCAGUCAUUUUGGUCUUAAUGCAGACUUCAUUGCAUAGGUGUGAUUGCCAAUGGGGUUUGUGAGGAAAACCUACAAGAGCAUUCCCUUGAGAGAUCUCUCUGAGUCUCUGUAGCCUGCUUUGAUAAAGUGGUUAUGAAUCAGUAAUCAUGAUUACAAACCAACAUAUAUGUAUCAUAAUGUCAUGUAGUGCUUUAUGUAAAUGGCAUGGUAACCACGAAACCCCAAAUCUAGAAAUAUUAGAAACAAAGAAGGAGGAAAUGAAACCUGUUCAAAACAUUCUUUAAAAUGGAAAAGUAAAGACAAGAAGAAACACAGAAGCUAUAAGACAAGUAGAAAACAGUCGACCAAUUGGCAAUAGUAAAUCCUUCCUCAUCAGUAAUUGAAUGUAGGGAGCAGAAGAGUGACUCAGCAGUGAAGAGUGCUGUUUAUUCUCGGAGGACUGGAUUUGAUUUCCUGCGUCCGUGUCAUAGCCCACCACACUCCAUGCCAGGGAGUCCGUGUUCUCCGCGGGCCUCGGUAGACAGGCAUUGGCGCUCUCUGCUGUACUGCACAGUUCUCCGGGCUUUCCGAGAUGACGUUUGCUGCUGCACAGUUAUAGAGAACUCCAGGAAGGAUAGGCUCGCUGCUGCUAAGCUCCCUGGCCCUCCACUCACUUGGCUCUUGCACCCACAGUGGCUCAACAGCCACUUGAGACUACCAGUGUUAGCUUUGUUCAGCGUUUUCCCAUGGCUUCUUUCAUCUGUUUCCUUUGGAUACGUUUCAUUUUUUAUUUUCUUGUCUUGCUGGAUUUGGAUAAGACUUCUAGUAAAAUGCUGAGUCCAGAUGAUAAGAAGGAAAUAUCUUCACCCUGGUUCUGCAGUCUUGGGGUCAGUCCCAAAAGCUCCAGAGAUUGACCCAGUGGAGUGUUUAGUAGCUGACAACUCUGUAACUGUAGCUUGGAGGAUGCCAGAAGAAGAUAAUAAAAUCGACCAUUUCAUAAUGGAAUAUAGGAAAACGAACUUUGAAGGACUUCCACGUGUAAAAGACGAGCGAUGUUGGGAAGUGAUUGAUAACAUCAAGGGUACUGAAUAUACAUUAUCAGGCUUGAAAUUUGAUUCAAAGUAUAUGAAUUUCAGAGUGAGAGCGCGUAACAAAGCUGUGGCUGGAGAGUACUCUGACCCAGUGACCCUAGAGACCAAAGCACUUAACUUCAGUCUGGAUAACUCAUCAUCCCAUUUGAACUUGAAAGUUGAAGAUUCCUGUGUAGAGUGGGAUCCUACUGGAGGAAAAGGCCAAGAGAGUAAAAUUAAAGGAAAGGAGAAUAAGGGCAGUGUCCAUGUUACUUCACUGAAGAAACAUACAAGAAGUGGUACACCAUCCCCGAAACGGACGUCUGUAGGCUCCAGGCCACCAGCAGUAAGAGGCAGCAGAGACCGUUUUACUGGGGAGUCCUACACAGUGCUAGGAGACACUGCUAUUGAAAAUGGACAACAUUAUUGGGAAGUAAAGGCCCAGAAGGAUUGUAAAUCCUACAGUGUGGGCGUAGCAUAUAAAACGUUAGGCAAAUUUGACCAGUUAGGAAAGACGAACACUAGUUGGUGCAUCCACGUCAACAGCUGGUUACAGAACACGUUUGCAGCCAAGCAUAAUAAUAAAGUGAAAGCUUUGGAUGUCCCAGUUCCUGAGAAAAUAGGUGUGUUUUGUGACUUUGAUGGGGGUCAGCUUUCAUUUUAUGAUGCACACUCAAAGCAGUUGCUGUAUUCCUUCAAGACAAAAUUUACCCAGCCAGUAGUACCUGGCUUCAUGGUUUGGUGUGGUGGCCUUUCUUUGAGUACUGGAAUGCAGGUCCCAAGUGCUGUGAGAACACUUCAGAAAAGUGAAAACGGAAUGACUGGUUCAGCAAGCAGCCUGAACAAUGUCACUCAGUAAUGGCAACUCAGACUGUGUUUACCGUCCUCUUUGACUGUGUGGCCUUUCCCAUACAGUUACUAACAGAUAUUUCUGAGUGCUGGAAAUCGGGUUUUCUGUGUUUUGCUUUAAAGCCUGGAAUCUGUUAGAUUAACUACCAAAUAGGAAGCAGCCAUGGGAGGUUAUUGCUGUGUCCCGGAAUCAAGCAGUUGGGGUGUGGGAGGAUGACAGGAAUAUUUGAUAGUCAAUAGGAAAGGGCAGUGUUGAACUACUUAUGUAGAAAGCCAUUUUUCUGUUUCUUAAGCGACCCUGGCUUGUCUAGUAGUGUAAUUCCGUCUGCUGAGCCUUGGGCCUGGGUUGUAAAGCUUUAAGGCUUGCCGUUCCUCCUCUCCGGUUUAUGUCUUUUCUCCUCACUGGCUGUCAUUGAGUCCUACACUGAGGCUUUAAAAACACCAAGUCCCCUAAGGCUUCCUAGAAAUUGAAAUCUUUGCCUAGAGAUGGCAGAGAAAUGGCAGAGAAUAAAUUCUUUUAUAAAUAAGCUGAGCUUUUGAUAGAGUAACUUAUGUAUUGGUAUUUUUCUUAUAGUUAUAACUUAAAAUAUCAAGCAGACAGACAGAGAAUGGCGGCAGCACAGGGAGUACUGUGUGUCUGUGCUGAGUCAUUCUGUCCUCUCCUCCAUGCUGCUUCUGGGCGCCACAUGAGAAGCUGCUCUCUGAGUUUGUCCUCUGCUUUAACCCCGCCUUUAUACCUGUCUUGGUAUCUUUGAUAAAACUUCCACUUGAAUUUGGCACCGGUAUAAAUUAUUGCUUAUAGAAGUUUGUGAAUUAAGUUCUAUAAAGGGUAAAAAGCUCUAUUACUAAUUUUUUGUCUGUGAAAGAUUAUAAAGAAAUGUGCCUAAAGUAUUCUUUUCUGAAAUAAUUUAUAUGUUCUUUUACAAAGAUAUGAAUUGGUUUAAUCAGCUGUUUAAAGAAUACAUGUGUCCUAUUUAAUUGGUAUUUGUGUUUUUCAAGCAAUCAUUUGAAAGGUUUUUUGUUUUGAUUUGGUUUUUGUUUCUGUCUUUUUGGUCCAUUCAUUCACUGUUUAAAAGUUUGUGAUUGUUCCAAAAACUGAACAUAGUUUUCUUUUUCCCAGAUCUGAAGGAGUGUGUGAAGCAGAGAGUAAAACUUGUGGUUAUCAAAAGAAAAGCCUUUUAUUACAAAGUUGAUUAAAACUUUCAACUCAAGGUUUUUGAGCCAAUUAAAACUUUUAACAUAAUUUUUGAGCCAAACUAAAAAUGGAAAUUGUAAAACUGCCUUCAGAACUUCAAAGAAAUGAUUAUUUGACUUUUGAUUAAUUUUUGUACCUUUUGAAUCUCUUCUUGUUUUAAGUAACUCGGGCUUCUGAAAAAGUUCCCUAGAGAAGUGUCCAUUUUUGCUGUCUAGCUUAUAGGAUCAUAAGAAGUAUUUGCUCUUAAAAUGUACUGCUAAUUGGCAUGGUUGUUUUGUUCUGUUGAUGAAACAAAUUUGACAUAGAAUAUUAUUUUCCAUAUAACAAAUAUCUACACCAUUGUCUGAUAACACACUGGCAGUUUUUAAGAUUAAAGUGGUUUAUAGAAGGAAGUAUAUCAGUAUUCUAUUGGUUCCCCAAAACAAUAUUUUACUUUUCAUUUAUCAUAGCUUGAAAGACAUUUUUCAUUGUUUCACUAUCUAUAGAAAUGGAUUUCAUGACCUAAGGAAAAAAGAAUUACUCUUUUUUGUAGACUCAUACCUGAAAGCAGUGAUUUACUGGAAUUGCUUUGUGCGUCUACUAAGUAUAUUUUGUCAAAAAUGACAUGGGAAGCCAGCAGCUGUUCUUGUAUAGAACUUUUCAUUAUGAUAUUAUAUCUUGCAUAGCUUAUCUACUCAUUUAUACAGUGCCUUUUUCUCAUGCUCAUUGUCUACUGAAUUUAAGGCAGGCAACACUGUACCAUAGUGGAGAGGGCCUUCUAUUGAGGUCAGAGGAGCACAUGUGCUUCUUGUCUUUGUCCCAUCAUUUGAGACCUUCAUCUACAAUUUCCAAACAGUCAUGGGAAAAUGCAUGACUUUUACUGAGAAGGUUUUAUUUCUCAGCAGCUUUGUAGAACAAAGUAUAAACUCAAUGAGUAAGAGUCCAAGUUCUUAUCAUGUGAUAUUAGGUACUAAUUAUACCUUUGUUGCUUUAAAGUAAACAUCAGGGUCUCUUUUAAAAAAGAACAAAUCUGUAGUAUUUUAGUUUAAAAAUCUUAAGUUUAUUAGGGUAGGCAGAAGUGUGUCAACCCUUCUUUUUAAAUUAAAAUAAUUGAAUAGAGUGCCUAGUUAAAUCAUCUCAAAACAAGGUAACUAUCAACUUGAUCAUAAUAUGUAACAUUCCUUUAACAUUGGGUUGAAAUGGCUGCGCUUCUCUGCUCAGCUCAGUCCACUCAGUCCCACUGUGGAAAGCUUGCAAGCCCUCUCCAGUAUUCCUCAUUGCUCUGUGUCUGCCUGCACACCUUGAACAGGAUUACUUUCCAUGAACGGAAUAUAGGGGAGGUGACCAUAAGGGAUAUAUCACCGUUGUGAGGAACCAAUUCAUAAAACAUGGAUUAAGUAUUGUAUUUCCCUUUUAGCAGUUGAAUUCCAGACCAGUUUCAUCUAGCUGGAAAUAGACAGGAAGGAGCUGCCUUAAGCACUUUAGAAUUUGCUACAAUUCAUUUGACUCAACUGAUUGUGUCACAUAUUUUAAAUACUGGUAAAUAUGUAUAUACCAAGUAUUUAAUGACUAAUGUACAUGGAAAUUUAAUAUACAGUGAUCUUUUGAAUGUUCCAGGUAUAGGCUUUUUUAAAAGUGUUAAAAGUGUUUGUUUGUCUGUGCGUUUAAUUGAGAGCACCUCUACCAUGUGACCGUAAACUGCUGGACAGCCAGACUGGGCUUCUCACUCUGUUCUAAAGAUGUUCUGUUCUGAAGAUUCUGAAAAAAGUCAAACCGCCAACAAUAUUAUGUAUAAUUUGAACUUCCAUGAUUGAUCCUUGAUAUAAAUAAUAAAAGAAAAUAUUUAUGAUGAAAUAUUUUAAUUAGAUCAAUUACCUAGAAUUACUUAGUUUUUUUCUAUAUAUCUUUUCCAUGAAAUUAUAGCUAUUUAUGUAUUUGCAGUUAUUUCUUUCAAAAACAAUUUUUAAAAAUUGGAAAGGGAUAUAUAUGGGAAGUAACUACUCCAAAGAAUAUUCAUCUUAAAAGAAAACAGUAUAGGCGUCUUGCCACGAAAUACAUUACUCUGGGCUAAAAUUCAACUGUUUUAGUCAUAGAUUUUUAGCAUCUUUGUUAGAUCAGCAUAUAAUUCAUAUAACAGUUGUUAAUUUUUUAUGAUGUAGCAUCAACUUUCUAUCUAGGUUUCCAAAAUGAGUAGAGUUUAAGUCGCCAUCUGAACCUAAUUCUGCUAUUUUUUAUUUGAUGUCUUGAACUAAAAAUAAUGUUAAUGUGUCAUUAAAUUUCUAAAAACUUCAUUCAUGGGCCGGCAAGAUGGCUCAUAAGAAAAGCACUUGCUACCAACAGGAUAGCUUGAGUUUGUACCCUGGGACCCAAAUGGAAGGGGAGACUGACCUCCUGCAAGUUGUCUUUUGAAUUAUGCGCACGCGCAUGCACGCGCACACACACACACUCGCACACACACACACACACACACACACACACACACAAUGUAACAAAAUUUUUUUAAAAAGUACAUUUGUUGUAGCUUGUAAAAAAUAAUUAUCAAAUUAACUAUACAUAGUAAUAUUUCACUUUUAUAUUGUAAUAAAAAGUUUGGAAAAGUAUCCUUUUUUAUUUAUACAUCAUAUUCGUUCUGUCGGAGGUAAGCAUGAAUUUAUUCAGUAUCCACAUCACCAUCAAGUUGUUAUUUUCAACCAAACAUGCCAUCCCUAAAGCCAGUGCUCAGAGCUAGAGUGGGUAAUGAGGCUUUUCUUACAGAAAAUCAUCGCAGCAACAUUACCUGGUGUUUGGUGAUUUUACUUAUAUGUGUCCUGUACCAGUGUUCACACUUGUGAUUCUGAGGUCAGUGUUGUCUACCUGAGUGGUAUGGUUAUCUGAAUUCCAUAGGAACUUUGCACCAGUUAGAACUUAGUGGAUUCUUUGCUGCUUUUUUUGGCGCUGGAAGGGUGGACAUACCGUGUGGAUGUUAGUAAUCAGUACCAGAAAUUACCAUAGGACUUUUAUCCUGACUGCCCACCAUAUCAAUGGAGUGCUUUUUGUCUGGGUUAAUAGUACUGGUUUUGAUACAUAAUCACUUGUUAUAUUUGUUUAAAAUUUUCCACUUUCUUAGUAAUAGUCAGCUUCAGUCGGUGCUUAGGAAUAAACAUGUUGAAGUUUUUGCAGUAUGUAGGGCAGAGGUCAGUGAAUGUAUUUGCUUGGCUUCGAAUGUAAGAUUGAAUCAAUUUUAUAGUGAAUCAAAUUGGAAGAGAUUGGUAAAAGGCGUUUUAGUAAUAUUGGAACUUUCGGGGGAGCCCAGGACUAUGAGAAGAAUUUCUUCACAUUUUCAGUAUCUGUAAGGUACCAAAGGACUGCGACGAAUUGAUCCUUUAACGGAGAUGCUUUGAAACCAGAUCCAUAACUGAGUCUAUCAAGAUACAGCAGCUAAAGUCGGGGAAUAACCUCAGGCAAAAACUGCACAUCUUUAAGAUUUCUGGCAUUCUUUUAAGUAUUUGGUCAUCAUAGCUGCCCCGUACAGUAGUCUCUGACCUCUGAAUCACUCAUCACCCUUGGGCCCCUGUUGCCUUACUUAAAAUAUUGUACCUUGUUCAGCCUACCUCACAGGGCUGUUGUGAGGAGUGUAGUGAAAUGGACUCCUAUGUGAACUGGGUGGUUUUCACUAAGAAUGGCUGUGUUUGAAUACUUAUAAAUGCUGUGUAGUUUGAAAAAGCAUGUUCUUAAGUUGGUAUAACUGGUGAUUUUAUUUUUUUAAAGUAAGACCUUCAAAAUGUCCUUUAGAAUCAGUUUACUUUGCGCAUGACUGUUUCUAUAUUCCUCAUCAACUGCACUUUUACGAGUUGUAAGGUCUACUGCAGUGUUCAUGUGUAGAGGGGAAACCUAGAGUAAGCGAAUGGCUUCAGCUCCUUUUCCACCAGGAGUUUGCACUUGCAAACUGGUACCCCAUGCAGAGUGAAUUUGGCUGAAAUAACUUUUCCAACAACCAAGUAGUUCAACAAUUUAUUGCCUUUGACAAAUAUUCAUCAACUUUAUUGAAUUGUACCUUUUAUUAAAAAAGAAACAUUUCGAAACCUUGUUCUGCAUCAGCCUGUAUCAGUUAUCAUCUGUCUGCACAUAGUGGUGUUGCUCCAGAUGGAUGUAUUAAAUGGUUUGCAAGUUAUCCUACUCCGCAGGACUUUGGUAUGUUUGUUAUCUGGACAUGACUUUGCUACACAGUUGUGAUAAUAAAAAUUACAGCUCCUCAGGUCUAACCUCUAAGUUGUGUAUGAAAACUAUUAAUAAGCGACACGUGGUAUAUUCAGUGCUGCAAGAGUUUGAAAUGAGCACACUGCCUCAUUUCCUUACAAACAAGACAAAGCCUUCUAAAUGAUUUUUUUAACUUUAAAAAUGGUUAUUCAAAGUGUAGUGACUUGUAUGUUGAAAUGAUUGUAUGUUCUGUAUAAAAUGUCCCACUGAGGUUUUUACAAAAGCACCUGUAUUAUCCCUUCUAAAAAUUAAACCCUUUUUUUGCUUUC